AUGCCCGCCGCAGAGACCGCCUCACCUCCGCACGAUCUCUCCGAAAAGAUACCCAAACUCAUCCCCCGAAAACGAGCUUCCAGCCCAACAUGCACACUCGUCACCGGCUUUAUAUUCGGCGUCUCGGACAGCGUGUGCGAUAGACCCAUCAGCAGCCUCAAAGCCUCAGACACCUCCCCAACGGUCAAGACGAUAAUACACAUACUGGGCGAAAUAGAAGGCAUAUUAGACCGCUGCCCACCCGAAGACACAGGCUCGCGCUUCGGAAACCCCAUCUUCCGCACAUUCCUCGACGAAGUCGAGAAAGCCCUGCCAGCGUGGCACGCAGAACUAGGCCUGCACGACGCAGCCCAAGUCGCCGAAAUAUCCACCUAUCUCCACAACGCCUUUGGCAACAAACGCAGAAUCGACUACGGCUCCGGCCACGAGCUCAACUUCUUCCUCUGGCUGCUAUGCCUUAAUCGUCUUUCCCUGCUCCCGCCUUCAACCUUCCCGUCGCUCGCCCUCGCCGUGCUCCCCGCGUAUCUGCGCCUCAUGCGUAGGAUCCAGGGCGCGUACUACCUCGAGCCCGCCGGCUCCCACGGCGUCUGGGGCCUCGACGACUACCAGUUCCUGCCCUUCCUCUUCGGCGCAAGCCAGCUGCUGCACCACGCGUACAUCACGCCCAAAGCCAUCCACAACGCGCUCGUGCUGGAAGAAGAAGCCCAUGACUUUAUGUACCUCGAUCAGGUAGCCUACGUCAACUCCGUCAAGAACGUAGACGGCUUGCGCUGGCAUUCCCCUAUGCUGGACGACAUUUCGGCAUCAAAGUCGUGGGCGAAAAUCGAAGCGGGCAUGCGCAAGAUGUUCAUCGCUGAGAUUCUGAACAAGUUGCCUGUUAUGCAGCACUUUCUCUUCGGCUCGCUCAUCCCUGCAGAAUCGGACAUGUCCCAUGAAGAGGAAUUCGGACUUUCCACUGAGGAAGAGGAAGAAGAAGGCGGGGAGGUCAAAGUGUUCAACGAUGAGGCGGGAAAGAGGCAUGUGCAUGCCAGUAAGGGGUGGGGCGACUGCUGUGGGAUAAGGGUGCCGGCUGCGGUGGGGGCGGAGGGCGAGGAGAGGAAAGGCGGGAUGCAGAGACUUCGGCGCGUCCCCUUCGACUAG